AUGGAAAACAACCUAUCAGAUCUGAUUUUUAAUGAAUCAGAAUUCUUAGACUUCAAUUGGGAUAAUAAAAGCCUAACUAAGCCUUAUGAAGAAUCUAAUCUUCCAAAAUGCGUUUUAUGUGGCAAGUUUGUGUUUGAGAAUGAUUCAGAUCGUGGACCAUAUAAAAGGCUGAAAAAGUCUGAUAUUGAGAUAUCUGUACCACAGCCUUUUUUGUGUGAAAAUUGCUUAAAAUUGAAUAAUUCUGAACUAAAUAGCUUGAGAGAUAUAUCAUUUUAUAUUAAAUAUCUAUUCAUUCUGCUGAUACAUAAUAAAUUUAAGCUAAAUUAAUUAAAUUAUUAUGGGUUUUUUCUUCCAAAAUCAAAAGGCUAGUUAAGCGAGAGCAAGCAAAAAGAAAAAUCCUAAAGAACCCAGAAAUUGAAAAUCCAAUCCCGCUAGAAGAUAACCCAAAAAAGCAAGAAAGGCAGCUUAAAAACCGACUAGCAGCCCAACAAAGCAGAGAUAAACAUAAAAUAUUUGUGAGUAAUUUAAUACAAGAAAAUGAGCAGCUUAAAUCAGAAAACCAAAAACUCCAGACAAUUAAAGCUGAAAACUCGCUAUUGAAAAAGCAUCUUUCUCAAUUUUUUUUAAAAAAUAACGAAAUUUCGCUGUUUAAAAAAGCUGCUAAAGGGGUUACAAUAGCGCUAGCUACUAUUGUUUCAAUAAUGAUUCUUGCAAAUACACUUGAAAAUACUAUUGAAAACUGUAUGAAUUUGCAAAAAUUCAAUUUAGAUGAUUAUAAAGAUUUAUCUGGGAAAAGUGUCAAGGAUGCAGCGAAUUCUAUGCUUUUCUGCUUUGGGAUAGAUCUAAGUGCUUUUCUUCCUUGUGAAGAAAGAAAUAUAAAUUCAGAGUUAUUAAGUAGCCAAUAUUUUAUAUACCUAUAAAGCAUUCCUAUUAGUUGAUUUAGUUCGAUAUUGAUAUAAUAAAUAAGAAAACGAAUAGCCAGUAGGAAUGUUUUUAUUGAUUGCAAUAGGUAUAGAAAACUCAAAUAAUGAUCUUCACAAUACAAUAUUUUGUCCUGAAGCUAUUCUUUUAUCUGAUAAAAAUGAAAAUUCAAAACAAAUAAAGUUUAUAUUCCCUAACUCCCCCCCCCCUCCGUGAGCGAACAAAACCAUUAGAAAAAUCGCCAUUUUUUGACCAAAAACCCACCCUCCGUGAGUGAACAAAAAUUUUUUUAAUAAUAAAAAAAUUUUAAUGGAAAAAAAUUUUUGAUAUAUAAGUGAUAAUUAGUAUAAUGAAAUCUAGAGCUAAUUCUGUUUAAUUUUAAACAAAUUGCGUUUUAAAACAUAAAUUUUGCAAAUUAAAUUAAUAUUUGCUUCCCAAUUUUUGCAAAUUAGGGAUUUUUUUAAAUUUCGAAAAAAAAUAUUUUUUAUAAAAAUUUAUAUAUAAAUUUUUUUUUUAAAAAAAAAAUUAAAACCCCCCUCCGUGAGCGAACAAAAUUUUUUUGUUCGCUCACGGAGGGGGGGGGGGGAGUAAAGAUAAUUUCUCGUCGAUUAUUGACAUAGCUAGAAAAUCACCAAGCCCAUAUGUAUCAAUGUCAGUACCCACAUCACAUUUAAUCUUAUAG